GAUUGUGGGGUUGCGCUGUCUCUCAAGCCGUAUCUUUGCACAGAUGCAAAGAUAGACAGACCCUACCUACCCGAUAUGGGCGGGGGUGUAUUUUUCAUAGCUUAAAGGUUACAAUUUAUCAGUGUUACCUGUAACUGUUGAUGUUGAGCUGGGCGCUAGUCUAUUGAUUGAUAUUGCGCUGUCUGCCACUUGCACACAUUAUUAUCCUACACCGGGUUGUUUUGCUCUGUGUUACCAGGACUGUGUUGCUGUUCUGCGGGCAGGGGAUGGAGUGUGACCCCUGGCUUGCAAACGGCAUUUCUCCACACCAGGAUCCUCCUGUUUUCUUUAUAUAUCAUGUUUAUUUUAUAAAGAUGGCGGUGUGGGAGACACUUUAAAUGACUGUCAGAAAUAUCGCCUCCAUUUGUAACAUGGGCACCAAUGCCUCUGCUCUGGAAAAAGACAUUGGUCCCGAGCAGUUCCCAAUCAAUGAACACUACUUCGGAUUGGUCAAUUUUGGCAACACGUGCUACUGUAACUCGGUGUUGCAGGCGCUGUACUUCUGUCGACCAUUCCGGGAGAAUGUGCUGGCAUACAAGGCCCAGCAGAAGAAGAAAGAGAACCUGCUCACGUGCCUGGCUGACCUGUUUCACAGCAUCACCACGCAGAAGAAGAAGGUCGGGGUGAUUCCUCCCAAGAAAUUCAUUUCCAGGUUACGGAAAGAGAAUGAUCUCUUUGAUAAUUACAUGCAGCAGGACGCCCACGAGUUCCUGAACUACCUGCUGAACACGGUGGCAGAUAUCCUGCAGGAGGAGACGACACAGGAGAAACAAAACGGGAAGCUGAAGAACGGCAGCACCACCAGCGACGUGGAGGAGAGCAACAAGAUCGAACCCACCUGGGUGCACGACAUCUUUCAGGGGACACUGACCAACGAGACACGGUGCCUGAACUGUGAAACAGUAAGCAGCAAAGAUGAGGAUUUCCUUGACCUUUCGGUUGAUGUGGAGCAGAACACAUCAAUUACGCAUUGUCUGAGGGAUUUCAGCAACACAGAAACACUAUGCAGUGAAUACAAGUACUACUGUGAAAUGUGCUGCAGUAAGCAGGAAGCACAGAAAAGGAUGCGAGUGAAGAAGCUGCCGAUGAUUCUGGCUCUGCACCUCAAGAGGUUCAAGUACAUGGAGCAGCUGCACCGAUACACCAAGCUCUCCUACCGCGUGGUGUUUCCUUUGGAGUUACGCCUCUUCAACACUUCAGGCGAUGCUGUCAAUUUGGAUCGCAUGUAUGAUCUCGUAGCUGUUGUUGUCCAUUGUGGAAGCGGUCCUAACAGAGGGCACUACAUUACCAUAGUGAAAAGUCAUGGGUUUUGGCUGUUGUUUGACGAUGACAUUGUAGAGAAAAUCGACGCCCAGGCUAUUGAAGAAUUCUAUGGUCUAACCUCUGACAUUUCCAAAAACUCUGAGUCUGGAUACAUUUUAUUUUACCAAUCGAGAGAAUGAAUUAGCAGUUUAGUAGACUAAAAAUGAGGAACGUUUGCGGCCCUUCCCCAUCCCUAUUAAGAGGAUAUCUGAUAAUAGUGACAAUGUUCACUAGCUGUAGGUGGGCUGCUGCACCAGUGAGUAAUCAAUGGCAGAAUACCCGUGCUUGGUAUGAUUCACACAUAUGAGGCAUUCUUUACAUUAUCCAGAGCUUUAAUCAUGCGGUCACUUUAUCUGUUCUGAGUUUAGGAUUAACGAGAAAAGAUCAAGUUCAUCCAAUUUUAUAGGAAAAAAAGCACUUUAUCUUAAGAUAUAAUGCUUUCAGAUCAAAACUAAACCUAGACUUGCUGAAGAGAAUUUGGCAAGCUUGCUCAAAUGUAUAUAGGUAGUGGUUUCAAAAUAAUUAGUAUCCAAUAACAUUUGUCUUGAUUGAAUCCUGCCUAUGAACCAAAUCCACAGGAAAAAAGAACACAAUUGCGUAAUGUAUUUUAUAUAUAAAUAAUACUGAUCAACAUAUAGUUGUAUUCUGCUUUAUUACAUAACAGUAAAUAAAAUACAAGUAUAAACUACCACAUUUUAAAUAUAAAUGCCUAAGCAAUUAUUUUUUGUAAUCUAGAUAUUAGGUGAAAAGCAAAAUACCCGUGUGUGUGUGUGUGUGUGUACAACAACUUAAAACUGUGAUUAUCUCAGUGCUUAAUGGGUUUUUAUUUAUUUUUAUUAAGUUUGGCAGUGAAAUAUUCAGUGCUUGGGUGUAAUGGGCAAGACAAUGCUGUUUAUGUAGUGGACAAAGUACACACUACACUUUCUACUACCCUGAAGAUUAUUCUCAUUACACAUGUUGCCGCUCCUUGCCAAAAUGUUCAAGACUGACUCAGGUUAACAGUAGGCGUCGGACUCGUGACAUUGUAUUAAGUAGCCAUGUGAGUUCUAGUCUGCAAUAAAGUAUUUUUAAUUUAGAAA